AUGCACCUGAAAGGAUAUACAAUAUUGACGAAAAAAGGACUUAAACAAAAUCAUUCACCCCCUUACAUAGUUGGGCCUUCUUGUGAUACCACCCCACCCGCUGUUAUCUCUGGGAAGGGAAGUACAAUCACCGUAACUGGAAGUGGGAAUGCUCUAGGCCAACAAAUACCGCCCUACUUUAUUUUUCCAGGGAAAAGAAUGAGGCAGGAACUUUUGACAGGCUGUAUUCCAGGGACUGCUGGUACUGUUAGUGACUCAGGGUGGUCGAAUUCUGAAAUUUUUAUGGACUACUUAACCAAUCACUUCAUUAAAUAUGUACAAGGUAGAGAUGAAGAGAAAACCAUUUUAGUACUUUAUGACGGUCACAGGUCGCACAUUUCACUACCACUUAUUGACUGGGCCAAACAGCACAGAAUCCAACUCUUUGUUCUUCCGGCGCACACAAGCCACGUGUUGCAGACUUUAGACCUUGGCUGUUUUGGCCCCUUUGAGAGAAUGUAUAAUGCUGAAUGCCACAAAUACAUGCGCAUGAACUCUUUAGCUGGAAUAGACAGACAUUGUAUAUGCCAACUGGCAUGUAAAACUUACCUAAAAGCUCUUUCUCCAGAAAACUUACAAAGUUCAUUCAGAAAGGCUGGAAUUUUCCCUUUUGAGCCAGCAGUUGUUGACAAGUCACAAUUUGUUCCUGCCAAGGUGUUAAACACUACAGAAACCCACACAAGAGAACAGACAGACAAUACGUCUGACAAAGAAAAAAGCACUGAAGUGCAAGCAAAAUCAAGCAGUGUCCAAUAUUCACAUGAUAACUUUUUCAAAGAUAGAGAGACACAAAUUGGGAAGCAGGAUAGAGAAACCAAGAAAAGGAAAUGCCUUAGUUCUGUAGUUUCUGGAAAACCUAUACCUGAAGAAUGUACAAUACAGAAAAUACAACAGCACCAACAGUCUGUGAGAAAGUCUUCAUCCUCAAGCCUAUCCAUGAAGAAACAGAGCACAUAUAGAACCACUUCCAAAAAGGCAAAGAUUUUAAGUAGUGAUCCCCAGCCUGGAACAUCUGGCAUUGCAGCACCUGCAAAUAAGAAGAAGUCUGUAAAACAAUUACCGAGUCAGUCUGAUUAUUCUUCUGAUGACGAAAUUACUGAUGAAGAGAAAUGCUGUCAGUGUAAACUGUUUCAGCCAACACAGAUAGCAAUGUCAAAUACCAUUUAUUUUACAAAGUGGGGCCAGUGCAUGUUUGACAAUUGCAGACACUGGACACAUUUGAAAUAUUGUUGUAAUGUGGUCAGGCUGCGUGGAAAGGACACUUUUUACUGUCCAUGCCAUGGGGUACCUUGUACCACCGUAGAGGAGUAG